AUGGUGACAGACGUGACUCUGGGAUAUACCUGCUGUCUGGUUGCAGGAAUCGGUUUCGGUAUCAACUUCUUGCCAGUGAAAGGCAUUGAUAUCGGUGACGGCAUCUUCUUCUCGGCCGUAAUGUCCAUCGGCAUUCUUUUUGUGGGCCUGCUUACAGGCACAGUGCUUAGUUCCCCGCCCGGCCUGGCAAUGGCUCAGUUUGAGCCCUUGGCCGCCUUGCGCGGCAGUAUCUGGAUGGUCGGCAACCUCAUGUGCCCGUAG